GCAACCAAAAUAAUGACGCGUCGGGCACGUGGCAUGGAGGAGUGGAAAAGUCCCCGUCGCUUUUCGCAUUGGUUCCUCCCCAGCGCCGGAGAUCGUAGUCGUGUAACAGCGCCGACGAAGAGAAAGCCCACCUGGUCAGCUCGGAGGGCGGCAGGGAGGCGGUUUUAUCUCCGGAGCCGCUUCCCUCCCGUCCGGGGCGGCAAUUGGAGUAGAAAAGACCGGGCGAAUAAAGCGGCGGCGGCGGUGUCGCAGGUGGAGAAAGAGGGUAUGGCGGACAACGACCCGCCAAGCGCCAAGGAGCUCUCUCACUUUGCAGAAAAUCUCCUACAACAGCUGCAAGAAAACUUUGAAGACCUGACUGAUAAAUUAUCUCUACAAAUGGAUGAGAUGGGUGAACGAAUAAAUGAUUUGGAAAAGCAUGUUGCUGAACUAAUGGCUGAAGCUGGAAUAGAAAAUACUAGUGAAGAUUCUGAACGAACUGAAGGCAUCAAAGAAACCCUGCAUGCAACAUGAAUACUUAAGUAUGGUCUACGUUUGUACAAUUUUAAGAUAUUUUGUUAAGACUAUAUAUAACUAAUGGAUACACAAGCAAUGUUUUUCUAUACUACAUCAUUGGCUACAAAGAAAAAUCAAGUUGUAAAUAUUUCUGGCCUGUAUUACUGCUAUAAUAUAGAAUCACACAAGUGUGAUGGGCAGUAAUUUGAUAAAUACAUAAAUAAGGAAAAUUUUCCUUAUGAAUUUUUUUGUUUAAGAGUGACAUUAAAGGUUGAAAACUGGCUUCAUAUUAACAUUGAAUUCAUGACAAUUCAUACACUUUUUUGUAUAUAAGCUUUUAUACCAAGUGUAGUUUCCAUUUUUUCCUUAAAGUUCGUUUUCUUGGUACAUCAUGUAUAGAUGUUAAAACUAUCAAGUACAAAGAAAGCGGAUUAAGAGUCCAUGCUAAUAGGUAAAAUUCGUGUCAUCUCUACUUCGAUUAGCUUUCGUCUAUUGGGAUCAGAUGUUUUGAACUCAUAUUGCUGUAUGUCACUAAUGGAGUUCUGAACAAUUUCUACUAUGAUUUUUAGAAUAAUAUUCCUAGAAUAGGAGGCCCUUCGUGGUUUAACUACUGCAACACAUCCUACAUGGAACUGUCCUUGAAGACUACGCAGAAGCUUCAGUUGAUCCAGAAUGCAGAGGCAUGGGCAGCAACAGAUAUGCUUUGAUAUGCCUGUGUAAUAUCCCUGCUUUGUGAACUGCCCUAGUUGCGUUUGUUUCUGGGUAAGAUGCAAGGUGAUGGUAAUCACCUAUGAAAUCUUACAUAGCACAGGGUCUGAUUACUUGAAGCACUGCCUACCUCUCUAGUAACUAGCAGAUUUGAUUCAGGUUAUGCAUAUUCCAGUUCUUUUGAUUAAGCAAUGUCAUCUCUCAGCACCCAGAAGUGCAUAUUCUCUGCUGGAGUGCCUGCCCUCUGGAAUGAGGUUCUCCACAAGCACUAGGUGUUUUAUGUUGUUGUUUUAGAGCAGAGGUCUUCAAACUUGGUAGCUUUAAGACUUGUGGACUUCAACUCCCAGAAUUGCAUAGCUGGCUGGAGAAUUCUGGGAGUUGAAGUCCACAAGUCUUAAAGCUGCCAAGUUUGAAGACCUCUGUUUUAAAGGGUCUUGACCACCUGGCUCUUUGCCCUGACCUUUGACUACAAUGGAUGUAAUAUCUUCCAAGGAGUGGGUACUUUUACUUCUGUCCUCUCCUUCCUUUUUUACCUUUUGUAAGGACUUUUGUUCCUUGUUUUUAUUGCAUUAUAUUGUUCCUUUGGUGUUUUUGCUUGUGAACUGCCCAAAUUGUUGGGAGUUGGACAGCGUAUGUAUUUACUAAGAACACAAUUAUGAUUUUUAGCAAAUGAAUUUAGGAAAUUAGAUAACUGAAUGAUGUCAGAAAUAUAACCUGAACCUGGAUGACGUUUUUCAUAUAUCAUGCUAAGUCAUAGUUUGGUUCGCCAUGAUUUAAUAAGUAAGCAAAAACUGGAUAUAUUUGUGCUCUAAGUUAUAAAAUAUUAUUUAUAAAUUGCAAUUUGUCAAUCACACUAAGCAAAAAAUAAAAAGAUCACACAGUGGUUUA